CCCUGAGGAUGGGUAGGAUCCCGCUGGCCUGGUGCUUGGCGCUGUGCUGCUGGGGGUUCACAGCCCCGAAGGGUGCAUGGGCUGAAGCAGACCCCUUUGUGGGGAGCCCAGGGAACAUCACCGGUGCCCGGGGACGCAUGGGGACCCUUCGGUGUGAGCUUCAGUUGCAGGGGGAGCCCCCUGAGGUGAUCUGGCUCCGGGAUGGACAGAUCCUGGAGCUAGCAGACAGCACCCAGACCCAGGUACCCCUGGGUGAAGACGGGCAGGAUGACUGGAAGGUGGUCAGCGAACUCAGAAUCUUGUCCCUGCAGCUUUCAGACGAGGGACGGUACCAGUGUGCAGUGUUUCUGGGAGGACAGACCUUUGUGUCCCAGCCUGGCUAUGUAGGGUUGGAGGGCCUGCCUUAUUUCCUGGAGGAGCCUGAGGAUAGGACUGUGGCUGCCAACACACCCUUCAAUCUGAGCUGCUGGGCCCAGGGACCCCCAGAACCCGUGGACCUACUCUGGCUCCAGGAUGCUGUCCCCCUGGCCCCAGCCACGGGCCACGGCCCCCACCGCAGCCUUCAUGUUUCAGGCCUGAACAAGACGUCCUCUUUCUCCUGUGAAGCCCAUAAUGCCAAGGGAGUCACCACCUCCCGCACGGCCACUAUCACAGUGCUCCCCCAGCGGCCCCGCGACCUCCACCUGGUUUCCCGCCUGCCCACAGAGCUGGAGGUGGCUUGGACCCCAGGCCUGAGCGGCAUCUACCCCCUCACCCACUGCACCCUGCAGGCUGUGCUAUCAGACGAUGGGGUGGGCAUUUGGCUGGGAGAGCCAGACCCCCCGGAGGAGCCCCUCAGCCUACAAGCAUCUGUGCCCCCCCACCAACUUCGGCUGGGCAGCCUCCAUCCUCACACCCCUUAUCACAUCCGGGUGGCGUGUGCCAGCAGCCAGGGCCUCUCACCCUGGACCCACUGGCUUCCCGUGCAGACACCAGAGGGAGUGCCCCUGGGCCCCCCCGAGAAUGUUAGCGCCGUGCUGAAUGGGAGCCAGGCCCUCGUGCGUUGGCAGGAGCCAAGGGCGCCCCUGCAGGGCACCCUGUUAGGGUACCGGCUGGCGUAUCGAGGCCAGGACACCCCUGAGGUGCUAAUGGACAUAGGGCUAAAGCAAGAGGUGACCCUGGAGCUGCGGGGGGAUGGGCCUGUGCCCAACCUGACAGUGAGCGUGGCAGCCUACACCGCUGCUGGGGAUGGGCCUUGGAGCCUCCCCGUGUCCCUGGAGCCCUGGCGCCCAGGGCAAGGACGGCUAAUCCACCAACUGGUGAGUGAACCCCCAGCUCCUGCCUUCUCAUGGCCCUGGUGGUAUGUACUGCUGGGAGCAGUUGUGGCCGCUGCCUGUGUCCUCAUCUUGGCCCUAUUCCUUGUCCACCGGCGGAAGAAGGAGACCCGCUACGGAGAGGUGUUCGAGCCAACGAUGGAAAGAGGCGAACUGGUAGUCAGGUACCGCGUCCGCAAGUCCUACAGUCGCCGGACCACGGAAGCCACCUUGAACAGCCUGGGCAUCAGUGAAGAGCUGAAGGAGAAGCUGCGGGAUGUGAUGGUGGACCGGCACAAGGUGGCCUUGGGGAAGACCCUGGGGGAAGGAGAGUUUGGAGCUGUAAUGGAGGGUCAGCUCAACCAGGACGACUCCAUCCUCAAGGUGGCUGUGAAGACGAUGAAGAUUGCCAUCUGCACGAGGUCAGAGCUGGAGGAUUUCCUGAGUGAAGCUGUCUGCAUGAAGGAAUUCGACCAUCCCAACGUCAUGAGGCUCAUCGGCGUCUGUUUCCAGGGUUCUGAGCGAGAGGGCUUCCCGGCACCUGUGGUCAUCUUACCUUUCAUGAAACACGGAGACCUACACAGUUUCCUCCUCUAUUCCCGGCUCGGGGACCAGCCAGUGUUCCUGCCCACUCAGAUGUUGGUGAAGUUCAUGGCAGAUAUCGCCAGUGGCAUGGAGUAUCUGAGUACCAAGAGAUUUAUACACCGGGACCUGGCUGCCAGGAAUUGCAUGCUGAAUGAGAACAUGUCUGUGUGUGUGGCGGACUUUGGGCUCUCCAAGAAGAUCUACAAUGGGGACUACUACCGCCAGGGACGCAUUGCCAAGAUGCCAGUCAAAUGGAUUGCCAUUGAGAGUCUGGCCGACCGUGUCUACACCAGCAAGAGUGAUGUGUGGUCCUUCGGGGUGACAAUGUGGGAGAUUGCCACACGGGGUCAAACCCCAUAUCCAGGAGUGGAGAACAGUGAAAUUUAUGACUACUUGCGCCAGGGAAAUCGCCUGAAGCAGCCUGUGGACUGUCUGGAUGGACUGUAUGCCCUGAUGUCCCGGUGCUGGGAGCUAAACCCCCGGGACCGGCCAAGUUUUGCCGAGCUGCGGGAAGACCUGGAAAACACGCUGAAGGCCCUGCCCCCUGCCCAGGAUCCUGAUGAAAUCCUCUAUGUCAACAUGGAUGAAGGUGGAGUUCAUCCUGAACCCCCUGGAGCUGCUGGAGGAGCUGAUCCCUUAACUCAGCCCGACCCUAAGGAUUCCUGUAGCUGCCUCACUGCAGCUGAGGUCCAUCCUGCCGGACGCUAUGUCCUUUGCCCUUCCACAGUCCCUGGCCCAACUCUGCCUGCUGACAGGGUCUCCUCAGCACCCCCAGGGCAGGAGGAUGGAGCCUGAGACACCCUCCACCUGGGACUCCCUCUCAGGACCCAAGCUAGGCACUGCCACUGGGGAAAACCUCACUCCAGGCUUUAUCCCCAACUGCAGCCCCUAUCUUCCUUCCUAUCCCACCUUCAUCCCAGACAGAUCCUUUUCCUCCUUUGCACCAUAGCAUCAUCCCCAUCUGUAAAAGGAUGGGGUUGGACUGCAAUCUCUAAGGGUCCUCCCAGGUCUAACAUUCCAAGGUUCUAGAUUCUAAGGUUCAAAGAGUCUAGAUUCAAAGGUUUCACAGAUAAUACGAGUCUUUGGUUCUAAGGACCUAGAAUUCCAAAGUCUCUAAUUCUAAAGUGCUAAUGUUCUAGACUUGGAAGUUCUAAGGCCUACUAUUCUAAGGCUCUGAGAUUCUGUGGCUCUUGAUUUUCUGGUUCUAAGAUUCUUGACAAGACCCCGAGAUUUUAGGUUCUAAAGUUCUAAGAUUCUAGUUCUAGGAUCUAAGGCUCUAUGAUUCUAGAUUUUAUUUUUCUAAGGUUCUGAGUCCUUAGGGUGUUAGAUUCUACAUUCUACAAUUCUCAAGAUCCUAUAAUUCUACACAUGAAGGUUUUAAGGCCUACUGUCAAUAUUUGAUAUUCUAAGGCUCUUAGAGUCUAGAUCCUCUGGCUAUAAGAUUCUAGAUCACAAGAUAUCAAAAUUUUAUCUUCUCUUCUCAAGUUCUAUGAUUCUAAUGAUGGUCAACUGUAGUUUCUGAGGCUUUAUGAUCAUAUAUUCUCUUGUAUGAGAUCCUGGAUCCCAAGGGUCUAAGAUUCUAGAAUCUGCAAUUCAAAAGUUCUGAGUCUAAAGAUGGGGAUUCUAAGCUCUAAUGGUCUAAGAUGUGAUAUUGUAAGUUUAGUCUGAGGACCUAGAUUCUCUAAAAUUCUGGAUAUAUGCUCCAAGAUUCUAGAUUAUGAAACUCUAAGAUUCUAAUGUUCUAUUCUAUGUCUCAAGGCACUCGAGACUCUAUUGGUCCAGAUUCUGGAUCCUAAGCAUCUAAAUUAUAAGACUUACAGUUGUGACUAACUAGACACCAAAGUUCUAAUCGUUUCUAAUGUUGGACACCUCUAGGUUCUAUGCUGCCUUUUGCCUUUCUAAGAGUAGUGUUAAGGGUCCAAGAGUGCACAUUUAUAAAAUCUUAAGGUUCUAGGCACUGUAGUUCUAAGACUCAAAUGUUCUGAGUUUCUAAGAUUGUAAAGGUUCACAGGUCUAGAACAUUAGGUACGACGCCAAGGUUCUAACCUUAUACUGUAGUAUUCUUCUCUGUGCCCCUUCCUUUCUUAGCUGCCUUUGCUUUCUCCUCCCUCAAUGUGAGGAUGUACCCUCCUCAAGCCUGUGCAAUGCAUUAGGGAUGUCUCCUUUCCCCCAGGGGAUGGACGAUCUCCCUCCUUUUGGGCCAUGCUGCCCCCAGAGCCAGUCCCUCAUUCCUCGUGUACAGAGUGUAGACUCUGGUGCCUCCAGAGGGGCUCAGGACACAUAAAAUUUUGUAAUCAC